GGGCAGCUCCCGGGUCGGGCGGGGUGGAACCCGCGCUCUCCCCGGCGGUGGUUAGUGAGGCUCGGCAGUGCAGCCAUGGCAGAACCGCAACCCGUGCCCGGUGGCCUCACGGACGAGGCCGCCCUCAGCUGCUGCGCCGACGCGGACCCCAGCACCAAGGAUUUCCUGUUGCAACAGACCAUGCUAAGAAUUAAGGAUCCUAAGAAGUCAUUGGAAUUCUAUACCAAAGUCCUUGGAAUGACGCUAAUUCAAAAAUUGGAUUUUCCUUCUAUGAAAUUUUCACUCUAUUUUAUGGCAUAUGAGGAUAAAAAUGACAUCCCCAAAGAUAGAAAUGAACGAUUAGCAUGGGUGUUUUCCAGAAAAGCUACCCUUGAGCUGACACACAACUGGGGCACUGAGGACGACGAGACCCAGAGCUACCACAGUGGCAAUUCAGACCCUCGAGGAUUUGGUCACAUUGGAAUCGCCGUUCCUGAUGUACACGGCGCCUGCAAAAGAUUUGAAGAACUGGGAGUCAAAUUUGUGAAGAAACCCGACGAUGGUAAAAUGAAAGGCCUGGCAUUUAUUCAAGAUCCUGAUGGCUACUGGAUUGAAAUUUUGAAUCCUAACAAAAUUGCUACUAUUGUUUAGUGGUAUGGGAAUGGUCCUCAGUGAUGUCAGUAAGAUGGAGAUAAGAAAAAAAACAACAGAUUCAAGAUGCUGCAGUGCCAGAGGCUUUGGGAACUGAUGGAUCAUUGUCGCAAUUUGAAUUACUUUCAAUUUUGUGUCCUUGGAUAUAGUCGUGACUUUGCUUUUUGGGUUAAUUAGAACAAAUCCCUUCAGAAGCUGCAUUUGCCUUUUUCUGUAACCUGAAUAUUCUAAAUACCACUUCUCUUUAAGUUUUCCUUUGAAUCAUUUAUAUGCUUAAAAAAAGAAACCCUUGGCCAUGUAUGUGCUGUAGUUAUCAUCUGGUGGUCUCAGUUCCUUAGAAGUGUUUUCAUGAUGGAAAAUAAAGAACACUGAACCACAA